ACUGCAGCUGACUAUUCCACUUGUGAACUGCUGAGACUGAAAAAAAACGUAGAAAGUACAGGGGCCACUUACUCAGAAAACCCUGUGUAGGUAAGUUUCCUGUCCAUUCACAUAAGGCUCAUACAGCUGUAUCCUAGCUGUUCACUGUAUCCUAUACUUAUCUCAGAUGAAGAUGUCUUCAUAAUCCAGUCGAUCACCAGGAAAAAGGGUCAGAGUAAGCAACCUUGCCUGACACCGGUCUUUACUUUGAACGAGUCUGUGAGCUGUCCUCCAUGCACGACUUCGCAGUUUAAUAAUAUAGAUAUAUAUGUAUAUAUAUUUAUAUGAUAUUCAUACAUAGAUUAUGUAUACAUAUAUGUAUCCUGAGUCAUGAGUUUACACAUCAAUUUUCCUGUAUUGGUUUUUAAAGCCUACAUCAUUGCUUCAUCUCCCAGAAUAAAGUCCCUCAUUCUUUUGUUUAUAAACUCGUAAACUAGUAGUGGGUGUGUUAUUAUUAUAUUUACAUCCAAAAGUGCGAUUCAUUCAUCUGUAAAGAUUAUUCAGUAGACAAUUUUUAUUUACAAUUCAGGCUUUUCAAAAAAAUGUCACAUAAUUAUCUGAGUGGGAAGCACGGGAUAUUGUGAACUUUACGCGAACUUCAUGGGGCGUUACCCUAAUUCUGAUUGGUUAACCCAGGGCUGUCAUUAUGUUGUACUUUUACCAUGUUGCUUUGUACCAUUUUGUUAUUUGCACACUGCCGUUUCAGUUUUAGUUAUUAUUAUAUCUUGUUUAAGCUCUCGUUGGAGUUCACUACGCGACCGACCGACUAAACUAAUUACCCUUGCUAUUGUUAAGAUCUAGUAGUGACUUUAUCACGGUCUUCAAAUCGGUUAGUUAUAAUUCUUCACUUAAAAUGCCAUCAUAUCUCAUGUCUUUCCGAAAAGAGAAUCUAGAAGGACACUACGUGAAGAUUCACAAGCCCGGAACCUAAUACUUGUGGGGUGACUGCCAACUUUCCUAUAGAAGCAUCAAACGGUGGAACUCCCUAAAAUCACACGAUAAGGCUCCACACAGACUCAUGUAGGAGAAAUUCAGAUUCGAUAAGGGACCCCAUCACUGGGACUUACAUAACUCAUCAAUUGCUGUCUUUAUCAAACUGAAUAAAAAUAGAGGAAAUCAGACCACAGAUUACUUAUCACUAGGAAUAUAUAAUCCGAGUCGCUACAGAAACACCAAUAGAUUCAAUCAAAGAACUCGAACUAUUACCUAACAUCAAUAAAUAAAUCUGCAACAUGUGUGGUACAGAACUGCACCUUUCUAUUGUCAAAAGCGCUCCCUAACCACCCAAACACAUCAAUGAACAGAUAGGUCGCCUAUUCUGCCUAGCAAAGUUUGAGUUGGUUUAUAUUAUCCAGUCAAGGUAUUGAACAUAAUACCUUGUCUUGCAUCACCUAGAUUUCCAGCUCUUUAACAGAUGACUGGUUAUAUUGACGUGAAAAGAUUCUAUUACAGAGCGACAAAGAGUGAAUAUAUUGAAAGGGAAGAAAUUCCUGAAAAUACGAGACUAUAUAAAACCCAUAACUUGUAAAGAUGGUCUCUAGUUGUAUUCUAUUAUUCCAUUUUGGGAUACAAACCCUUGCCUCCUGUCACUCCGAGUUCUCCCUUUGUGGCUGUUUAGUUGUGCUGCUCCAGAUCAUUGAAGGAUUCACAGCGAACGACUGAAGGAUGGAAUAUAUUAGCGAUGGUUAGGUGUAAAGAGUGCGAUGUGUUAACGUAGUAUUUCAUCAUCAACCAAAUACGGCGUCCUAUAAGAGUUUAUAUCGCCCCACCCAUUUGUUGUCAAAUAGCGUCUUCGUGCUAUUAUCAAGUUUACCAACUAACAGCCAUUUCGAAGAGUUACUAAAGAACAGCCAGUAUGUUUUCGGUCUAUUUUUUGAAGAGAUCAAUCACCUUGGUUCGAUGCACGGUUUUGCGUAGUAUUCGGCUGACAAACUUACCGACAUUCAACCCAAACUUAAAAUAUCUAAUGUAACUAACAUCCUUCAUUUGAUGAGUUCUUAAGUAGACAUUUUUCAUAAGUUAGUGCUGUUUGUCAUGAAUUGUUAUAGUCACCUGCAUAACAAUCACCAUCUAGGAGUCGGUGUUUUACCUCUGAAUCUGUGUAUUUAUUAACUUGUCAGUCUUAUAGAAAUUCAAAGUAUGGUUGAUUGAAUAAUAAAUUUCGCAUUUCGUCACUCGAAAUCGUGUCAUGUAUGACAUUUAAGGCACAAAGGUGAUUCAAAACUGCAGUGUAAAAGAACUAAGAGGUUGGUGAUGAAUGGAAUAAAAGUAUGAUUUUGGGGUGGAUUCAUAUUUUGCGACGUUCUAUAUUUAUAAUGGUUGAUGAUAAAGAGAUUUCAAGCAAAUGUUUGACAACUUUCCUAUUCACUGAUACCUCCUGAGACUGCUUGCUAGACAAGAGUACGGGGAAACAAGUGUCAAAUGUUAACAUUUCUUAAUCAUGAAACACUCUUUUAAAUAUAUUUUGAUUGCUAUGUACAGUCGUAUGUAUUUUCACUUAAGGUUGUGCGCUCAAACGUUUGACAUUUUUUGUAGACUUUUGAGGCCAUCUAAUGUCAAGUUUGCUAAAGGAUUGCAUUAAAUACUUUCACACGAAGAACUUAUAUGAAGUCUUAGGAGUGACUAAGAAGUGUGACAAAACUGAACUUCGUAAAGCUUUCUAUAAAUUGUCUUUACUUCAUCAUCCUGAUCGCCAUGACAGUGACUCAAAGUCAGAGGCGACAAAACGUUUUCAAGUACUGUCUAGAGUCUAUUCGUACAUUGAAGAUGAUGAGAAACGUAAAGUCUAUAAUGAGACAGGUGUUAUCGAUGAAGACGAUGAGAUUACAGGCAAAUCGUAUGAUGAUUGGGUUAAAUACUGGCAACUUUUGUUCCCUAAAAUCACAACUGAACUAAUAGAUGACUACUGUAAAAAGUAUAAAGGAAGUGAACAGGAAACGGAAGAUUUGAUCAAGAUCUACAAUCGUUCUAAAGGUGAUAUGGAUAUUAUAAUGGAGUCUUUAAUGCUCACGUCAUAUCGAGAUGAAAGUCGAGUUCGCGGUCUUAUUGACAAAUUAAUAUCCAGUGGUAAAAUUGAUGCAUAUACAAAGUACACACAUGAAAGACCUGAGAAAGCAAGGAGAAGAGCUAAGCGAGCGCUAGAGGAAGAAAAGUUGUUUGCAAAGGAACAGAACAAGAAAAACAAAAAGCAGAUAGUUGAUGUUAACGAAGGAGAUUUGGAUACAUUAGCUAAGGCAAUUCAAGCACGACAUGAAAAUGCAUUAAAAUCAUCAGAAAACUUUCUGGAUAAGAUUGCACAGAAAUAUAGUUCAAAGCAACAGUCGCCAGCUAG